AGACUCUCCACUUUAGGUGGUGUGUGUAGCACAUAGUAUACAACGCAUACGGUCCAAUGCAAACGAGUAUACUGGCUUCCGAGUGCCAUAUUUGAAUGAUUACAAUUGUUGGAAACAGGUGUAACUAUGAAUCAUAGAGUUGUUAUGCUGUGCGAUUGGAGCAUUUGGUAUAACGGCAUCAUCCAAUUCCGAUAUGGCAUCGCAUGAGAGACGAUCGUCGCUCACUAGAACUGCACGCCCACGAAGGGCUGUCCGGCCAUGUGACUUGUGCCGUAUACGCAAAUCGCGAUGUGUUAUCCCACCGGGGCUCUCACGCUGUACGGUUUGCCAGUCUCGUCAAACAGCAUGUACUUUUGAUCAAGAACCGCCGCCUCGACCUCCACGCUUGCAGUCAGGUAGGAGCCGCGAGUUGCAGCAGCAGUCGAAUGAAACAACUGCACUCCCAAGUCAAGUGUAUCAUAACCUGGCUCCUAGUACGGGGAUCCGUCAAGAUGUCUCCAACCAGCCAAGGGUUAGCAAUGCCAAGACCACCGUUGACCGGUCUCCGGCUUCCUCGUCUACCUCAAGCUACCAGAGCCCCUUAGUGCCAGGAGAUCUAGCGGAAGAGCAUGAUGUCGAAGCUCAGAGUCCUCUACUUCCUGAGGGUGUCUCAUGGAGGGACGAAGAAGAUGGCGGUGGCUCGUUGGGGCUCUCCAGAUCAACCUUUGCAGAAUUGUACGGGCUCACGAGCGACAUGGAACCAAUCCUUAUGCGACAUCGACCGUAUGAUUCUCAAUCGCAUCAGUUUUGUCUUGAAACCCAUAGCAUUCGACGCGUACUGCAGGAAGACAUGGGCAUGCAGUAUCCAGUAACGUUUCACGUCGUAAGAGACGAUAAGGCAAUUGGCCACCAGAAUAACGUUGAGCAAGAUACAAUUGAGCGUUGCGUUGAGCCAUACGGUCCUAGUCUGGUGAAUCUCUUUUGGAGAAUAGUGCACCCGUGUUAUCCUAUUAUAAACAAAGGCAAGUUCAUGGAGCGAUAUUUAACAUCUUAUCGUGAUGUUGAUGCGCCAGUAUUAGGGGCAGUGUAUCUUAUUUCCUUGAAUUGGUGGAACUACGACCGAGAGCUCAGCAACAAACAGGCGCCAGACGAAGCAUUGCUGAGGGAAAGAGUUCUUAGAGUGAUCCAGAACAGCUACCAUAGACCUAAGCUGUCGUCAAUUGAAGCUACCUUACUCUUAGUACAAUGCAAGCCAGAAGAUGCCUUAAAUCCGGACCAUACGUGGACCUGGGGAUGUACUAGUCAAGCACUGGCAAUUGGUGAAGCAUUGGGUCUUCAUUUGGAUGCCAGCUCUUGGGAGAUCCCUGACUGGGAACGUGGCCUGCGCAAGAGACUUUCUUGGGCACUGUACAUGCAGGAUAAGUGGACCGCCUUAAUGCAUGGACGACCCAGUCAUAUUCAUGUUGACAACUGGGAAGUCAAAGACAUUGAAGGUAGUGAUUUCUAUGAUCUUGGUGAUCAAAUGAACACCAAAAUCGACGAGCCUCCCAUAAAUGACGUUCAGACGGGAAGAAAAGGAUUUGUGGAGAUGAUCGCACUCUCAAAAAUUCUCAGCAAGAUAUUAACAGACUUCUUUUCUCUACGUGCCAGCAGGUCUCAAGAUACUGUUCAGCUUUAUCAACGAGCGCUUCCAGUCCUAGAGAAAUUACACCUUUGGCGCGAAAACCUUCCUCACUCACUACUCAUGGACAGGCAGGCCCCUCGGCGACUAUGUGCUAAUGGGUUCCUCCACUUGUCCUAUCAUAGUCUAGUCCUGACACUUCUGCGAAGGAUUACUCGUUCCACUGCACUUGCACCACUUUGCUCCCAUGUUACUGUCCUAAAUGACACUCGUAAGUUAGCCAGCAACUCAGCCGAGGCGGCAAUGGCAUUUGUCCGCUCACUACGUCCGGAUCAUUUGGAGGCUUUCUGGUUCUUCUCAUCAGGAUUCAACUUCUCGUUGAUUGGAUCCUUUGUUACCCUGCUUCUAGUAACAUCACGCUCAGAAGCUGAGAGGGCCCACUGGAGAGAAUGUCUGAGUGAUUACCUAUGGAGCCUCCGUGUUAUGGGUAAAGGAAGCGAGCCCAUGCGCUAUGCAGUUAACCGUCUUGAAGGAGCAAUCCUUCGGGGAAUGGAACAUGCCUUGGCCGUGCAAACUGCACCCACACUUCCAGAGCAUGUUUCAAAUGAACGAGUUGGCUCUCAUACAAGACUAUUUCCCCAACCAUCUCUAGAAUUACCACCUGCCAACCAUCAGGUCUCUGGCAUUGACAUUGGCUUCCACCCAACCAUAUUACCUGCCUCUUCCCAUACACCAGGCGAUUGGCUUACACCUCUCAUCAGUGAAGAUUUAAUCAACUUGAACUUGAAGCAUUUUGACUGGCUCGCAGGAAAUUGAUGUUUGACAGGGCAUACAGGGCACUAUAACAGGGCUCCCUCAAAUUUCUUUCUCUUUUUCUUUUCCUCGAGAAGAUACCCCUACAUUUACUAUCCAACAUAAUUGUGGACGCUGUUCCAUACAAGCAUAUACAUUACUAUCAUGUGGGACUAUAUAUCAAUUUGUAUAUGUUUUGAUUGUUUCUUAUCUUAGUAUCUCUCCCUCCU